AUGCUCUACAUUCGCUUGCUAAUUUUGGCGCUCACGCUCAAUAAGGCGGCUUUUGCGAUCCGACCUCCAACCACUACUUUAUGCGACACUUCCACCACUUCAACCACCACGCCUACAACUAGUCCAUGCGACACUUCCACCACCUCAACCACCACGCCUACUACUAGUCCAUGCGACACUUCCACCACCUCAACCACCACGCCUACUACUAGUCCAUGCGACACUUCCACCACCUCAACAACCACGCCUACUACUAGUCCAUGCGACACUUCCACCACCUCAACAACCACGCCUACUACUAGUCCAUGCGACACUUCCACCACCUCAACCACCACGCCUACUACUAGUCCAUGCGACACUUCCACCACCUCAACCACCACGCCUACUACUAGUCCAUGCGACACUUCCACCACCUCAACAACCACGCCUACUACUAGUCCAUGCGACACUUCCACUACUUCAACCACAACUUCAUGCGAAACCAGCACUACUUCUAGCACUGGCUCCACUUCUAGCACUGGCUCCACUUCUAGCACUGGCUCCACUUCUAGCACUGGUUCCACUUCUAGCACCGGCUCCACUUCUAGCACUGGCUCCACUUCUAGCACUGGCUCCACUUCUAGCACUGGCUCCACUUCUAGCACUGGCUCCACUUCUAGCACUGGCUCCACUUCUAGCACUGGCUCCACUUCUAGCACUGGCUCCACUUCUAGCACCGGUUCCACUUCUAGCACCGGUUCCACUUCUAGCACCGGUUCCACUUCUAGCACCGGUUCCACUUCUAGCACCGGUUCCACUUCUAGCACUGGUUCCACUUCUAGCACUGGUUCCACUUCCAGUACUGGCACAAUUUCUAGCCCCGGCUCAAUCUUUUCGUCUAGUUCCUCGUCAACAUACCCAUCGAGCUCGGCAUCAAGCACAGCAUUCACGAACACAAGUUCCUCACCUUCAGCAAUUACAAGUUCGGCAUCUGGCUCUACGCAAUUGAGUUCAACACCAGUCACAUCAACUGUAUCGACUACGACCUUGGCACCCGCUUCCACUAUUUCAACCUUGGCGACAUUUUUGAGCUCUAGCGCGGUAACUCCACAAGUAAAGACCGUUUCCGUUGUCACAACUACAAUCAGCGGCGUAGUGACCAUCUACACAACCACUUGUCCUAUUGCUGAAGUGUCUACAACAAAGUCGACUGGCUCGACAUUUGUAAGCUCAAAGAGUGCGGUUCCUUCUACCGGUGCUACACCAGAGGUUUCAACCGUGACUGACACCAUCAGUGGAAAAGUCACGAUUUACACUACGACAUGUCCCGAGUCUCAAUCUUCUGUUUUGACGAUUUCUGUAGCAUCGAAAGUUUCUACUGUGACCACCACCAUUAGCGGAAAAGCCACAAUUUACACCACGACAUGCCCUGAAUUCGUGUCCUCAAGCCCAGCGACAAACGCUGGCAUUAAGCCAAGCUCCGCCAUACUAAGUACAGGUGCCUCUAUUGUGCCAGCAACUCAAACUGUUAAGGCACCAGGACCUGCAAGCACAGAUUUGGGACCGGUUGCGAGUGUAACUACCGGCGCGGUCACUGGCUCGACCAACCCUCUGGAAACAAGUACGCUGGGAGCUCAAUCAAAGAGUGCCCAAGGUACUGCGUCCGCUGCGGGCAGCGGUUCCAGUACUACUUAUGCCAUCUCUAGUUUUACGGCAAUGGCAGUAGCUCUAAAGACCAAUUUCUUGCUCUUGUUGGUCCCAAUGCUGAUUGUGUGA